AUGCUAAACGGAUCCUCAUCCAAUAUGCGCAUAGACGCAGACAGGAUCAUUGACUCUCCAGUUGCAAUGGUAGCCCUUAUUUCAACCGGCAUUGCUCUUUUGGCAGGUGUUUUUGGCACGGGGCUGUUUUUAUACCGAGGAACAGAGAACAAGUUCACCUGGGCUAUCCUAUCGCUGGUCAUCAUCAACUUCAUGAGUGUACAGCUGCAAGCAUCAGAGAUAGCAUAUGUCUAUCUACCAUCCAGCCUAGGAACGCUGAUUUGGCGCAAUGUCAUUUACCAACUGUGCGUACUAUCUUUAAAUCUACUACAGCUGGAGAUUUUUGCAGUAUUCAAUGCUGGUCUGAUGCAUGUCAGCAUAUUUAGACCAGACAAUAUGAAGUGGGUUCGACUGGCGGCUAUUAUUGUGCAUUUACUGUACGCGUUGCCCAUCUACUUGCAAGGAUGGGUUAUUCCCAUGAGUGACAAUCGAGAGAUAAAGUGGACAGUCUAUGGAGCCGCACUAUAUACUCUUCUUGUAGGCAUCUGGGGUGUAUUUCAAAACUGUUACAUCUUGGCAAAAUUACAGGCUCAUUUCGCUGUGCUCAACAAGUCAAUCGGACUAGAUGACUUUCAUACUUCCAACGCAGUUUCGCCAUGCAAAAGCAACACUGAUUCAAACAACACUCUUGUUUUUUUGGAAGCUGGCCAUGAGUCUGAUUCAAUCUCAUCGCCUGUUAUACUGCCUCGUCGCGACUCCCGCCAAUGCCUAACCAACGAAAAUUCACAUGUCAAUAAGAGAGUUCAAAAUGGCUCUCGUGUUAUACAGCUCCUCAUUUUUAUCAUGUUUGCCCUAGAUAUCACCUGUACAGUUACAUUUAUUAUCUCUUCCAUCACUAAAAUCAGUCAGGACUCAAUUGCUCACUAUGCACACAUGCAAAUCAGUGUGUCCAUCAUAGGCAUUCAUUUGUUUUUGGAAACUUUUCUAUUUACUCAAAUUGUUGAUCAGUUCAGAAAAAAAUUGUCCGCUACCAACUCAUCCUUAUGCGGUACCAACGCAUCAAGCUGUAGUCAUGUGUAAUUUUUGAAAGUUGAUUUUAUUUUGAUGUUGAUACUCAUGUCUAUUACUUUUCAUUUUGAAAAUCCUACCUUGAUACAAUGUAUGUUCAAAAACUAUAAUUGUUUUUUGAUAUACACAAUUUAAUAAAUAAAUAAAUACGGUAUGUAUUGUUUUU